ACUACAUUCUGUUUAGGUUCUGGACGGUAAUACCGGUUAAAGAUGACCUUCCUGCCGUGUCAGCUCAACCUUUUGUCACAGAAAACUAAAGCAAACCUAAAAUUCCAUCCAGUAGCGAUUAAACUUCCCUUAACAUCCGGGUCUUAAGUAUUUAAAGUUGAGCUCAGCUCUACUUGACAAAAAAUUAACUUAGCGGCUAACUACAAAUCAACUUGACCAUCUCAUGACUUCGAGUGAAUCCGUUACGAUUUUACAGUUCGAUAUUACGAUUAGUACAAAAUGACUCCAGCAAUCCAGGGACGGAAGAUCGCGAUUACUGGCGCUAGCGGCCAGCUUGGGAAGCCGACUAUCGAAGCCCUCGUCGGAUUGGGCGUCCAUACUAUUACCGCUAUUCAGCGACCCGAAGCUACCAGCACGUUUCCUGUUGAUGUUAUUGUCAAGAAGGGCAACCUUGAGGAUGAAGCUUUCCUCGCCGACGUGCUCAAAGGCCAAGAUGCCCUCGUGCUCAUGCCGCCUCUGGCUCAACUCAUUGAGCUCCAGGAGCCUGCCAUCCGCGCGGCCGCUAAGGUUGGCGUACCCUACAUCCUUCCGUCCGAGUUCGGCCCCGACCCCUUUGCCGGCCAGCUUGUAGAGGAGAAUGGGCUGCUUAUAGCGAAGAAGCACAUUCGUGAUUUAAUUGAAAAUCUUGGUGUUAAUAGCUGGAUAUCUAUCGUCGUCGGCCCAUGGCUCGAUGCAGGUCUCACUGCGGGCCUAUGGGGUAUCGAACCCAAGGCACGCAAGGCAACAAUCUGGCGGGGCGCUGAUGCCAAGGUCAAUACGGCGACUAUCUCACAUACUGGUGAAGCAGUUGCUGCAGUGCUGAGCCUACCGGAGGCUGAUCUGGCCAAGUACAAGAACAAAGCUAUAUACACGCCGUCGUUCCACCUAACGCAGCGAGAGAUCCUAGACGCUGUUCAGCACGCAACAGGAACCACAGACGCGGACUGGGACAUUAAGUCACGAGAUGUAAACGAAAUGGCCAAAGAGUAUGAGGAUAAGAUUAGUCAGGGUGACGGUGUGGCGCCUUUCAUCAAGUUCUUUGUCACACACUUCUUUGAGGGCCACGGCGGCGACUUCAAUCACAAGGUCGAUACGGCGGAGUUGGAGAAACUGGAGCAGCUAGGGCUACACAAGGAGGACCUCGUGCAGGCUAUUAAAGUGGCGCUGCAGUAAAUCACAUGUAUUCCUAAGAAAUAGUAGUUUACCGCGGUUCACAAGGGAGCGAAACACCUUCUACUAUAUCCUUACACUCAAUUAUCAAUGAAACAACCACAGCUUCAUAUAGUUUUUAAAAGU